AUGGCAAGUGAUCUCGGCCAGGCUUGCCGUUGUCCAGUGUGCUCCCGCCGGCUCUCAGGUCCGCUUGCCUGGCGCCCGGGUGCUGUGAGUCUCGCUGUGCUGGAAUCGGCACCCCAGCUGCGAGUUCCAAACCUUGCAGGGCGUGCCCCGCAGGAGGUGCAGGCAAAACCUCCGGAGGAGGUGCGUCGGCCACCAGCGGUUCCCAGGCAAAGCCUGCAUCCGCCCACGGCCUGCCAGCCAGAAAGCACAGGUGCUUCAGCUCUUGGGGCCUCGCAGCCUUUGGUUGUUGUGGUGCUUCCCGAGGCACGUAGCGGCUAUGCAGCUGCUCCUCUGCAGACCGCCUGUGUGGGCGCGAUGGCAGAUGGAUGCUGCAAGGACAAUGCUAGCAGCCAGUCCUCCGAGGCCCGCCGCAUCAGCUUGUCUUCAGCUUCUCACGCCUCCUGUGCGGGCCCUACGGUCGAGCCAUGCCUCUUGGGCAACGUUGGCGUGCAGUCACCAGAGGCACCUGGCUGCGUUACAGCGGCAACUCCUGGGCCAUCUCCACCGCUGGUUAGUGAGAGUCUGGACCUGAGUGAAGGCUUCCUGCCUCUUGGGCACUGCGCCAGCACGGAGGAAGUCGCACACCUCCUGGAGCCUCUGGCUCCACCCGAGGCUGCCAAGCAGGCGGCCUGCCUCGAGCCUCCUGAUCCGCUGGAGGAGCUGCCAUCCCCGCGGAGUGCCCCCUCCGAGUCCUCUGGGAGCCCGCGUCUUCCAGUUGCCUCGCUGGCGAAGGAGGCCUCAACGUCGUCCCAGGAGGUCCAGCUGCAGCUGCCUCGGGCUGCGCCACUGUCGGAUUCGCCUAGGAUGCGCCACGAUGCGGCGGCUCAGGUGCCAAGUCCAAAAGCAGGCGCCCAAUGGUGGCUCCGAGAGGCUCAGCGACGUGCUGCUGAGCGUGCCAAGGCGGCAGCUGAACCGCGAGAGCGAGUCUACCGUGCAGCUGCCUCGAUAGACGCAGCCAUGCGCCUCUCCAGGCGACCGCACCGGCCGCCCACAGCCGUCCGAGACCAUUUGUAG